AUGGCGACCCGGAUACGCGCUGCGGGGCGCUUCGCGAACCAGGUAGCAUCCGAUUCGGAUUCGGACCUGGGAGGCAUGGAGAGCUACCCUCGCAAGAGACAGGGCUCGGUCGCGAGAAGCAUGGGAUCCAACCGAAUCACGAAGCUCGCACCGAAAGUGGCAGGAUCAAUAGACAGAAAAGCCCCGCGCCGACUAUCACCUGGCCGACGGCCGCUCACGGACAAGAGCAACCUCAACACGACAAGGCCGUCGCAUAAGAGCAGAGACGAGAAACCGGCUCGCCCGAUUCACGAUGAAGAUUUCGACGACGAUAGCAUGCUGUUAUCGCAUCAAUCAAAGCAAGGCCGCAAAAAGCAGCGACUCGAAGAUUCGCGACCUGUUAAGCACAGUGUCGCGACAACGAAGCGCUACGCAUCCUCGUCGCCCCGGCAUGCAGCUCGUCACUACCCAGUGGAAGCUGCAGCAGAGCUGGAAGAGGAUGACGACAUGGAAAUGGUGGACGUGGUUGGGCAAAACGAGGAAGAGGAGGAAAUAGCAAUGCAUACAAGCCGGCAAGCGGCCGCGCCAACCUUGCCUCCGGUCCGUCCGACCAGCCGAUCGCAGAGUACUCAAGGAGAUAAUGCCUCACUGGAACGCCGCUUACGCGAAAUGACGCGAAAGUACGAAAAUCUCGAGGGACGCUACACUGAGCUUCGAGAGGUGGGUGUCCAGAGCGCUGAACGAAACUACGAGAAGCUACGCAGGCAGGCUGAUGAGAAUGCAGCGACUGCAAACAAACUCAUCGCGAAGCUCAAAGAAGAGCUGGCCGCUCAAAGGCAGGUGUCGGGCGAUGCCGAUUCGCUGCGCCUGCAGCUCCAAGAUAGCCAAAGCAAUGCGCAGGACCUCGCCAGCAGAGUCAAGGAGCUGACAAGCUCGCUUGCUGACGCUGACCGUCAAAACAAGGCCCUCAACGCCAAGCUCGCUGCCAGUCGAGCUGCUCCCGGCACUGGCGUUCCCGGCAGUGCGAUCAAGGGCAGCGCAGCAAAAGCCUGGACAGGUCAAUCGGAAAUGGUCCAUGCUGCCCACGCAAAGGAAGACCUAUAUGCAGACCUGACGGGUCUCAUCAUCCAAGGCAUGAAGCAGGACGGCACCGAGGAUAUUUUUGACUGCAUCCAGACCGGACGCAACGGCACUCUCCACUUUAAGCUUGGUAUUGCUGGCAGUAGCUCUACCGUCCGCUAUGAGGACUCGUCCGUCAAAUACAACCCGCAGCUUCAAUCUGAUCGCGACGCCGACUUGAUUGCCCGCCUACCGAAUUAUCUCCGCGAGGAGAUUGAGUUUAGGAGACCGCAGGUGGCCAAUUUUUACAGCAAGGUGGUCAAGGCAUUGAGGGAUAGACCAGUGGAGGCGGACGACUAG